AUAGCAAAAGAAUCAAGUUAAGUCGUUAAUAUGACAGGAGAAGUGUUAAAAUACCGAGAACAAUUUGGCGUAGAAUAAGGAGCUGCAAUAUUGAGUAUUUUGGGAAGAAGCUUGCCGAGUGGCUGUAGUCAACUAGAGCUGAAGAGGCUGAAGCCCUCUGUGCCACAAAAGCCCUGUCCAAAUGCGAAAAAGUUUGGCAACCAAAUGCAAUCAAGUAUUGUGCACUGAGUGGGCUAACGGUAUCAAAGAUAUACAAUGUUUAAUAAAGUGUUUGACGUCUUUCAAAUUUUAUGAGACAAAAUGAACAGAAAAAUGUUUGGUCGCCAAACAGUGUUUGAUCAUGUUUGGUCGCAAAACAUUUCGCCUUUGGACAGGGCUCUAGGUACUGAUAGGAUAGCAUGAGGUCAAAGCUUGGGUAGACUGAGAUACAUUGCAGUUGGUUCUAAAGGGUUUCCAAGUCGCUUUGACUGUCUCACUUUGUUUUGCGUCUAAACAUUUUUGUGACCAUUUAUACAUGCAUGUUUACACAGGUGACAGGAUCUUUCAACAAGCAGGCAGUAUUUUUAUUUUAUAAACAUUGUUAGAAGAGAUGAUUAUAUUAAAUUAAGCAAAUAGAAAUGUUUUUUACAUAUACAUACUAGGUGAUGGAAUAUGGAAGAGAAAGGAAAAAAUCAAGGGAGGGGUGGGUGGAGGAAAGAUGUAUUGGGUCCGGUGGUUUUGGAACAGUUACACUGUAUGAGAACAAGAUUACCAAGCAACAGAUUGCCCUUAAGAGAUGUCGCAUGGAUUUAAAUGCUCAAAACAAGAAGCUAUGGCGACAGGAAGUUGACAUAAUGAAGAGACUGGAUCACCCAAACCUUGUGUCAGCUAAAGAUGUUCCAGCACCACUGGAUGUCAGUGUUGAUGAACUUCCUCUGUUGGCCAUGGAGUUUUGCUCUGGAGGAGACUUGAGAAAGGUACUAAACUCCCCAGAAAGUUGCUGUGGGCUGAAAGAAAAGACAGUUUUGAAGAUUGCCUCAGAUGUUGCUGCUGCAGUGGAAUUUCUUCAUGGCCACCGCAUCAUUCACAGAGAUCUAAAACCUGAAAACAUUGUUAUAAGUCAUGUGGAUAAUAAGGUAAUACAGAGCUGGAUGCUUUAGAAGCAUAUAACGUCUAGCCUUGAGGGAUUAGGAGUGAGUUUUGUUUCUUCACUGUUUGCUAUGGGGCCAGGCCAGUCUUAAUCAUUCUGGUUUCCAAACUUCAUUCUACAUUAUUCUGGCUUGCAGAAAGCACUCACAUUUUUGUGAGUCUAAUAAUGGUGACCAAAGACCUAAGAUCCAAGGUCUAAGACCCCCUCCAAAUCUCAAAAACAA